AUGCUGCUGGACGCGGGGCCGCAGUUCCCGGCGCUGGGCGUGGGCACGUUCGCCCGGCACCCGCCCCCGUCGGCGGCGGAGAUGCAGGAGCGCGAGCUGAGCCUGCAGAACAGCUUCGUGGACGCGGCGGCGGCGGCGCACCUGGGCGCCUUCAAGCUCAACGCGGCGGCGGCGGCGGCGGCGGCGCACGAGCUCUCGCCGGGCCAGGGCUCGGCCUUCAGCUCGCAGGCGCCCGCGUACCCGCACGCCGCCCAUGUGGGCUCCUACUCGGGGCCGCCCUUCAACUCGCCGCGGGACUUCCUCUUUCGGAGCCGGGGCUUCGGGGAGGCGGCGGCGGCGGCGGCGGCCGGCGGAGGACAGCACGGGCUCUUCGGCGCGGCGGCGGCGGCGGCCGCGGCCACCGGCAGCCUGCACCACCCGCAUGCGGAGGCGCAGGGCCACCUGCUCUUCCCGGGCAUCGGCGAGCAGCACGGCGCGCCCGGCUCGCCCAACGUGCUCAACGGGCAGAUGCGCCUGGGCUUGCCCGGGGAGGUCUUCGGCCGCUCGGACCAGUACCGCCAGGUGGCGAGCCCCAGGACGGACCCCUAUGCCGCGGCCCAGCUGCACGGGCAGUACGGCCCGAUGAACAUGAACAUGGGCAUGAACAUGGCGGCGCACCAUGCCCACCACCCGCACGCCCACCCGCACGCCCACCACCACCACCACCACCACCACCACCCCGGCGCCUUCUUCCGCUACAUGCGGCAGCAGUGCAUCAAGCAGGAGCUCAUCUGCAAGUGGAUCGACCCGGAGCAGCUCAGCAGCCCCAAGAAGAGCUGCAACAAAACUUUCAGCACCAUGCACGAGCUGGUCACCCACGUCUCGGUGGAGCACGUCGGGGGGCCCGAGCAGAGCAACCACGUCUGCUUCUGGGAGGAGUGCCCGCGCGAGGGGAAGCCCUUCAAGGCCAAGUACAAGCUGGUCAACCACAUCCGCGUGCACACGGGCGAGAAGCCCUUCCCCUGCCCGUUCCCGGGGUGCGGCAAGGUCUUCGCCCGCUCCGAGAACCUCAAGAUCCACAAAAGGACGCACACAGGAGAGAAGCCCUUCCAGUGUGAAUUCGAAGGCUGUGACAGACGCUUUGCCAACAGCAGCGACAGGAAGAAGCACAUGCAUGUCCACACUUCGGACAAGCCCUAUUUGUGCAAGUUGUGCGACAAAUCCUACACCCACCCCAGCUCCCUGCGGAAACACAUGAAGGUCCAUGAAUCUUCUCCGCAAGGCUCCGAGUCCUCGCCAGCUGCCAGCUCGGGCUACGAGUCCUCCACCCCGCCCGGCCUGGUGUCCCCCAGCGGAGAGACCCAAAGCGCGGCCAGCACCAACUUGUCUCCCGCAGCGGCAGCCGCUGCCGCCGCUGCAGCCGCUGCCGCCGCCGCCGCAGCCGCAUCGGUGGCGCACCGGAGCGGCAGCGCGGGCACGGGCAGCAGCACGAGCUCGAGCUCGGGAGGGAGCGGCGGCGGCGGCGGCGGCGGCGGGGGCGGCUCCGGCCACAGUGGCCUCACCUCCAACUUCAACGAGUGGUACGUCUGA